AUGGGCGAGGACGACAUAAGAAGUUUGUUUCCACCGGUAGCGGUACGCAGAUAUCCAAUAACAUUUUGUAUUUUCUGUAGGAGGCAGCAUACGGACGGAGACGUAGAUAUAUGUGUUGGAAACCGAGGAACUGUAAAAAUUUGUAAAGUUUGUAAUUUUACAUAUGCAGCUGCCUGUAUAGCUAUAGCAAACUACGCGCGCUGCUUGCAGCCUUGUGUGUUCUACUCAAUACUGUAUCAUACUGCCAUGCAAAAGAAGGAGGAGCUUCACAUCGCCACCCAUUGUCCUGACGCAUAUUCAGCGACUUCACAGCAUUGUCGACAUCUCGCUUUGGAAGAUGUAGCACGCUGGAGAUCUAUUCAAAAACGAAGUUUUGCUUUGAAGACACAAGACUAACCUUUGUCGACGCAAAAUCGGUCGUCUUCGAACGUUGUACAAGGAAUUGUGUUAACACACUGUUCUAAAUGUAGA